CACUUGUGGGAGUACACAAGCUGUCUGACCUUACAUUUUUUCAGUCGCUGUGCUGCAGCAGCUUUGAGAUCCUCGGUGGACGCGCACACACACAAACACACACACCAGAGAUGAUCGUGUGUGUGUGUUUGGAGCGGAAGGAGAGGUCUCCAGUAUUCUCCCAAUUCCAGAGAGGUGCCAAGGCUGAGGCAAACAGAGAGGGAGAACAGUGAUAUGGAAAAGAUUUCAGGCUGUUACUUCUCAGGGAAAGGAAUGCGUUCACUCGUGCAUCAUCUGCAAAGCUCCCCUCGCUGCUGAAACAGAGCGAGAAUCAUUCGCUGCAGUCCAAGGAGGAAACAUGAACAUGUGAAGAUGAAAUGUCACAAUGUGUGAAGAGUAUGCCACGAGGAAGAUGCUGCUAUAAAGGCUCAGCUAAAGACAUGAACCUGAGACAUCUCUUUCUGUCCAUUUUGUCGUUUGGAGUGGCUGGGCUACUACUUAUCAUUUACUUCCACGUGUGGAUUGAGGAACAGCCGAUGGUGUUGAGAUACAAGAUUCAACAGGACCAAACUAAUAAGGUCAGGAGUGGGCCCACAGAGAUCCAGGGGAAGAAUGUGGACCCCGGGGAUGACCAGGCCAAGGGUCUGAGCCUCGGGACAGCUCCUGGACCCGGGUCGCGUCCCAUGGCCGAAGGCCCUCUGAGGAAGCAGCGGGAGGUGGGGAGCCUUCUGCUGAAGAGGUUUCUCCAGCCAUUGCCACUGGGUCCGAGAGGGUUGAGGAUUCUGGUUGCUGAUGAGGUCCACGAGAGGAGGAGGGUACACGUCGCUGACUUCUGCAGGAAGUAUCAGGUCAGCAAGCCCAGACGCUCCCUGAUCAGGCUUGUCUCGCGCUUGUACGUAGAGGACAAGCACAGGCUGCUGUACUGUGAGGUACCCAAGGCUGGGUGCUCCAACUGGAAACGGGUCCUGAUGGUACUGAAUGGCCUGGCCUCUUCCCCGCACAACAUCUCCCACCAGUUUGUGCACUACGGUACACACCUUCGCCGCUUGGACAGCUACAGCCUGCGCAAGGCCUAUGAGCUCCUGGGCAGCUUCACCAAAGUGCUGUUCGUGAGGGACCCCAUGGAGAGGCUGGUGUCUGCCUUCAGGGAUAAGUUUGAACACCCCAAUGUCUACUACCACCCAGUCUUCGGCAGGGCCAUCCUCAGGAAGUACCGAGCCAACGCCAGCGCUGAGGCACUCGGCACCGGGGCUGGUGUGACCUUUGGUGAGUUUGUCCAGUACCUCCUGGACCCACAGAAGCCUGUGGGCAUGGACAUCCACUGGGAGCCCAUCAGCCAGCUCUGCUCGCCCUGCCUCAUCGACUACGACUUCAUUGGGAAGUUUGAGGAUCUGGAGAAAGACGCCAACUACUUCCUGAAGCUGAUUGGCGCUCCUCUCGACCUCCAGUUCCCCAGCUUUAAAGACCGGCAUUCCACUGAUGAGAGGACCACACCAGCGGUUGUCAAACACUAUCUCCUUCAGAUACCACCUUCGCAAAGGCAGCAAAUCUAUAACCUCUAUUACCUGGACUACCUCAUGUUUAACUAUUCUAAGCCACACUUUUGAUACGAGUGUAUGGGACUGAGAAAUCGUCGUAAUUUAUCAAUCAGGAAAGCUUAAUAUAUUCUGUGAUGUAGAUCUUAUUUUGAUAUCUCCUGUAGGUGGAAUCAUAUUUGAACCUUAAGCCAUCAAAGUAUUUUCUCGCUCUUUCUUUAAUUCAGUGCAACAACAGGUUGAUGGAAUUGAAAGCGGUGACCCCACUCUCUGCUCAGUUCCUUCGAAGAUAAACGCAGAGUGCUGCUCAAGCCCAAAACAGCAAUCAGGUAGAUGGGGUUGAAAGACUGAAAUCCAACAUUUUGCCAUGGGAAUUCCCAAAGUGGGGAAGGAGUGAUUUGCUCUGCCAUGGUACCAGUGUGUCUGCCGCCGUGAGAGGGCAGAGCAGUGCUGGCUGUGAUACACUCCACAGCUGAGUAGCAUUGCCCGGCCUCACUGUCAGGAAACCUCCCGUGUCAGGAGUAGCCAUCCCUUUGAGAAUCACGGAGGCUUUCCAGCUCACAGACAAGAUUCAGUGUCUUCAGAGAAGGAAAGGAAACGAUGGAGAAAAUUGUAAGGGGUCUGGUAAAGUGAGUGUUGGCAGCCAGGAAUCUAUUCCAUGAUAAAUACUCCUAACCCUUUCUUUCCAGUCUCCCCAAGGGAGAGAGUAUUUAAUCAUCCUGGAAUAUCUCCUUUUUCCCACUUUGCCUGACCAGCCUAGGGGAUUUGGAAACUAUUUCCCCAGUUGCUCUUUCCAAAGGUGCUUGGGUUUUCCUUUAUUCACUCAGGGCUACUAGUGUCUCUGAAAAGGCCAGCAUUCGUUGCCCAUCCCUAAUUGCCCUUGAGCUGUGUGGCUUGCUUAGCCGUAAGUCGUAGGAAUAAACAUGGGUCAUUUAGCCCAUUAAAAUCUGCACUGCCUUUCAAUCAGAUCAGGGCUAUAGCCGUUCCGGAGGGCAGUCAAAGAUCAACCCAUAUUGCUGUCUGUCUGGAGCCACAUGUAGGCCACACUGCAUAAGGAUGGCAGACAUACCUACUGAAAGGGACAUUAGUGAACCAGGGCUCUGAGGAGGGGUCACUCAACCCGAAAUGUUAACUCUGAUUCCUCUCCACAGAUGCUGCCAGACCUGCUGAGCUUAUCCAGCAAUUUCUGUUUUUCAUAGUGAACCAGAUUAUUUUUUACAACAAUUGAAGAGUUACUUGUUGGUCCAAGCAAAGAGGUGGUUAGCUGGUGUGUGAUAGCACCAGCAACAUGGGUUCAAUUCCUGCACCAGCUGUGGUUAUGACAAAGAUCUGACCUUCUCUGCCUCUCCCUUUUCCUGAGGCAAGGUGGCUCAGGGGUUAGCACUGCAGCCUCACAGCGCCAGGGACCCAGGUUCAAUCCCACCCUCAGGUGACUGUUUGCGUGGAAUUUUCACAUUCUCCCUGUGUCUGUGAGGGUUUCCUCUGGGUGCUCCAGUUUCCUCCCACAGCCCAAAGAUGUGCAGGGCAGGAGGAUUGUCCAUAGUGCCCAGGGAUGUAUAGGUUAGGCGGCAUUAGAUAUGGGAAAUGCAGGAGUAGGGGAAUGGGUCCUGGUGGGGUGCUCUUCAGAAGGUCAGGGUGGACUUGUUGGACCGAAUGGCCACACUGUAGGGAUUCUAUGAUCUAAACCACCAUCAGUCACAUUUGUCUAAUGAGAGAGCAGCCCUAUGCUGUCGUAGGAGUAUGGUGCUGCCUGAGAUCAGAAUUAAGUUACUGACACUAACUUUUAUUCAUAGUCAAUUUAAUUUGUUGACAUUAGAUAUUCCCAGCAGCAGUGCUGGGAUUUGAAUUCUUAUCUCCACAGUCAUUAGACAAACCCUCCAAAGGGCAAAUGCAUGAGUAUAACCACUAUACACAGUGCCAGUUUCAGCUUCUAUUGUUCCUUCAUUACCAAUUCAUCACAGUUGGAUAUCAAUUUCAUGGUUGCCAGGCACAUGAGCUAUAGCAGCCCUGAACUCUGGAUUUUCCUAGCCCUGUUCUGCUCAGGACGUGGAAACACUUGUAUCUCCCCACGUAACCUCAUAUCACUGAGUUAGAGUCAGUUGCUAAAGAACCAUAGGGCACCAAGAGACCACAGGAGCCAAUCACAAAAGGCACUGAAAGACCACAAGGACCCCUUUCAGAUUUGCCAAAUGGCUCGGUCCUUCGACACUUUGGUUUCUGGGGUCAUUGAUGAAGCCAUGACAACACACGUUGCUGCUGCACCUAACCCAGGGCAGUCCGCUCACUCUGAGGUGGCUCCUGGGGCAGGGGAAUUUGUGCGGUACUGCAAAUCUCCCUGUCCGCAUUUAAAGGUGGGGAGGUGUAAGUGGGACAGGGAUUGAUU